AUGACGCCCGAAAGUUUACGACUGUGCUUCGGCGUCACCGGGUUUUACCGCGUUUUAUUUUCUGUUCCGGACGUUCCGGUACCCGGCAGUCGCGUGUUAGGGUCCGUUCGUGACGUGUUUUCGGCAUUUGUGUUACCGUUGGCCCGUGGAAAAAUUGUUAUUGCAGGUAAUAUGUAUCGACGACACGAGUCGCUCAUCAGUCAGGUGACCAAAACGGCAGAUGACGUGCCGGUGAUCGUGACUAGAUUGGCGAGCACGGAAAAGAACGACAUUGAUUACUAUCCCUUUUCACAAGUACUACGAAUACGUGUCCUACAGAUCGUUUGCGGCAUACUUGCAGUCGUCAUGGGCAGCGUGGCUUGCAUAGAAGAGAAAGGUUCAUUUGGCAACCUCGGGCUGGGCAUACCGACCGGACUCAGUACCGUACUCGCUGCAGCGUCCAGCAUCCACACCAGCCGUUUGUUCAGCGGGUACAGGGACACGCUGAUGUCGUCGUCCGGACAUCCGAGAGUGUCCGUGCUCCGACUUUUGGGGCCCACCACGCAAUCGGCGAUCGCCGUUGGCACUUUCUGGCUGCUCGCCCUGGCGCUGAACGCGGUCCUGUUCACGCGGGCCGGACGUACGCUGCUCAACUACGACAGUUCGACGACCAGCUCUACGUUGUUUUGGAUGGCCAUCGUUCAUCUGACGUUGACGUCCCUCGUACUGUUAGCGGUGGGCGCGAUCGCCUGGCUGGACUGCCAUCACGACCCAGACUGACAAGAGCUGUACACGGGACAUCGUCCCGCCGAGCCACCGUUGUUGUCGUCCCGGCCGACGACCAGCAGCUCCGUGACCAUCAGCAUGACGACGUUCACGCCCGACCCGCAGUCGUCGUCCGUCGGCCAUCGGCUCACGCCCGGGCCCAGCCUGUUGGUCAGAUCCUGUUAGCACGAUCCGGAAAUUGUGUUUUCCGGAUGCGGCGAUGACGAUUAUUGUGUAAAAAAAUAAUAAAAUAAUUAUAGUGAUAAUAAAAUUAUUAUGUGCGUGUCGACCGGGGCCGGUGAUCGCGGAACGACCGUUGUCGUUUUUUUUUUUUGUUCUUUCUUAUUUUUAACAUUUUUUCCGUUACCGUUUUAUUGUUUCAACAAUGCGCGCGCCGUCGUGAUUGUACGACCGUCGUCGAGCGAAACGAUCGGA